AUGGAUACUCCACCAGAAAAGGAUUGGAUUCAGCUGGACAGUGGUCAGGUCCGAAGCGGACUUGGCCUCGUGUCAUCUAGGACCUCUGAAAGACUUAAUCAAGUCGACCGUAUUCGUGCCAAUGGGGUUGGAGACCACAUCGCACUUCCGCAGCUGGUUGUUUGUGGGGAUCAAUCCGCGGGCAAAAGCUCUGUCCUAGAGGGGAUCAGCGGAAUCCCCUUUCCUCGCCAGGACGGAGUUUGUACUCGGUUUGCCACGGAAAUUAUCCUUCGCCACGAGCCAAAAUAUCGUCGGAACACCGCUACCAUUAUCCCUCACAUCUCUCGCACGGAAGAUGAAAAGGCCAGGUUGAGCGCCUUUCACCGCGAGGUCAGCGACCUCGCACAUUUGCCCGGCAUUAUCGAUGAAGCUGCAAAACUCAUGGGCGUGCAAGGAGCCAAUGACUUGGCUGAUGCCCCAACUUUUGCCGCUGAUGUACUUCGUUUGGAGGUUGUCGGGGAUACCGGCCUGCAUCUGACCCUUGUUGACCUGCCUGGGCUAAUUUCCGUCUCUGAAAACGAGGAUGACCUGCAGCUUGUCAACGACCUCGUGAACUCAUAUUUGGAAAACUCGCGGACAAUCAUCCUUGCCGUGGUCCCCGCAAGCAGCGACGUGGAUACCCAAAGUAUCAUCCAACGUGCUCGUCGUUUCGACAAGGAAGGCCUUAGGACUGUUGGAAUCAUUACCAAACCAGACCUUAUCAAUGACGGCACCGAGGCACGUGUUGCAAAGCUGGCCAACAAUGCUGAUAGGACGAAACUGAAACUCGGAUUCUUCCUUCUCAAGAAUCCUCGCCCUAUUGAUCUGGAAAAGGGCAUAACUAUGGUUGAGCGUCGGAAGAUGGAAGCAGAUUUUUUUGCGAAUCACCCUUGGAAUAAACUUGGACUCGAUCCUUCACGUGUCGGCAUAGAUAAUCUUCGAGUCUUCAUGCAAGACCUUCUUGAUCGACAUAUUGAGCGCGAAUUGCCCAAGGUUCGGAAGGAUGUGACUCAACUGCUCAAUGAGAUCAACAAGGAACUCAUGGAUCUCGGGACCCAACGAACGUCGCCUGCGCAGAUACGUAUGUACCUGAUUCGCAUUGGUACUGACUUUCAAAAUCUCGUAAGGGCUGGAGUUGAAGGAAUAUAUGGCGCACGAGACGGGUUCUUUCAUGAAAUCAAUGGUGAAAAAGACCAUCACCGUCUUCGAGCCGCAAUCCACAUGGAAAACGGGAGGUUUGCCAACUACAUGAGACAACAUGGACAGAAACGCAAAGUUGUUUCGGCUGAGUGUCAGGAAGAUACGGAUUCAGACACCGGCCAGAUCUUGGUAACCAAGGAGCAAAUGUCAGUGUGGAUCAAAAAGAUUUAUGACCGCACCCGUGGCCGAGAACUUCCUGGAAAUUAUAACCAUGCACUGCUCGGUGAACUAUUCCAUGAGCAGUCGUGUCGCUGGGGCGAUAUUGCUCGCGAGCAUGUCACUACCAUCACAGAUCUGGUGUCUCGAUUUAUCCAGUCUGCCUCGGCAUUUGUGAUAAAAGAUACCAAUGCCCGGGAGAACAUUUUGCGUAUUAUCGUCGCAAAAUUGGACGAGAAUGCUGAGUGCGCGCUCCAUGAACUGAGCAAGUUGCUAGAUGACGAGGCUGGAUGUCCUAUCACAUACAACCAUUACUAUACGGACAACGUCCAAAGGGCGCGCAACAGCCGUUUGAGGCAAGACCUGGGUACAUCACUCAAUAAUGCUAUUAAUGAAGACUGGAAUGGUCGCUUUCAUGUGAGCAACUCGUCUGAUGAAAUCAGUCGGCUUGUGGCAUCUCUCCAAAAUCAUGGUGUCAUCGUCGAUAUGGAAGAGCGAGCUUGCUACGAAGCUCAAAUUGAUUUGGAUGCCUAUUACAAGGUUGCUAUGAAAACCUUUGUCGACAAUGUCUGCCGCCAAGUCAUUGAGAGACAUAUUCUUGCUAAGCUUCCAACUGUAUUCAAUCCAAUGACUAUAGCUACCUUUUCGGAUGAAGAUCUCGUUCACUUAGCUGCGGAGUCACCUAAGUUUAGCAAGCGUCGGGUCGAGGCCAUUCAGCUACAAGAGGCAUUGGAGGACAGCCUUCGUGAUUUGCGUUGA